GCUGGCGCGGCCGCGGCGCAGCCCGGCCAGCCUGCAUUCGACGCCGAGUCCGGCCGACUCGGGCGUGGUGGAACUCGAGGCGGCCAUCAAGGAGCGCGACUCGGAGCUCCACCUGCUCCGACAGUCCGUGGCUCAGCAUGAGCAGGUAUACGACGAGAAGGAGAAGACUUGGGAGAAAGAGCUACGAAAGAUCCAGGCGAUCUACGAUAACCGACUCAAGGCCAGCCAGCAGAGGGCACUCAAGAUGGAGCAGAUGCUGACCACUCAGACGUACCAGCUGCAGCAGGAGAAGCGCAAGCUGAGUCAGGAGCUGGAGGAGACGCGCCGGGAGAAGGAGCAGCUGGCCCGGCAGGGGGACGGGCUGCGGCAGGAGCUGACCUCCCUGCGAGCCCAGCUGGAGGACACUGAGUGGGGCCUCUGCCAGAAGACAGGCGAGAUAUCGCUGCUGAAGGCGCAGCUGAAGGAGAGCCAGGGCCACCAGGCGAGCCGUGGCCAUCAGAUGCUGCACAUCCGCUCGCAGGUUCGGGAGUACGCCAGCCAGCUGGACGCCAAGCGGUCCGAGAACCAGCGGCUGCAGCUGGAGGCGGCCGCUCUGCGCAGCCAGGUGACGGAGCCACGCUCGGACGAGACGGGGGCAGUCAUGGCGCAGCUGCGGCGAGAGAUGGACCGGCUGCGCGCCGAGCUCAGCACGUGUCGUGCGCAGGCGCAAGCACAGAAGGAGGCAUUCGAGGAGGAGCGGCUGCACUGGCUCGACGAGAAGCAGAAGGUUGUGAACUACCAGAAGCAGCUGCAGCUCAACUACAUGGAGAUGUACAAGCGGAACAAGAUGCUGGAGGCCGGCGUCACCAGCCGGGAGAACAAGCUCAACUCGAGCGGCGAGUCGCAGUGCUGACUGGGCGCCGGUCUCGUUCCGACGAGCCCCAAAACGAACCGGACCAGAUCCAGGAGAACCCCAGAACGAGCACGAACGAGUCUUGGGCGGGCUCCGAAACGAGUUCCGAGCGGGCCCCGGGACGGGUCCGGACGAGCCCUUGGACGCAAAUUGUGGACGCCGAGCUGCAGAAGUGCCGCGGCUUAGCUCUGGACGGGACCCCACCCAGGUCUGGACGAGCCUGCCAAGCUGCAGAAGUGCCGCGGCUUAGCUCUGGACGGGACCCCACCCAGGUCUGGACGAGCCUAGCAAGCCCUGAACGAGCGUCUGCCGAACCCUGGACGAGCCCCGUACAAAUCGUACGAGCCAGCUCCUCCUGAGCAGCAGCUACGGUGCGGAGGAUGCUGCGAGGGAGUCAGACGGGUUCUCCGGGAGGAUGGCACUGCAGUGACCCGCGCGCCGCGUCCAGUGGCGUGGUCUGUGACAGUGGCGGUCGGCGGCCGAGGGCGGCAGGCGUCUACUGCUGUGCCGGCCGUGGUGCUGCGCCCCGCCGGGCCGUGGCUGGCCGCACGCCUCAGUGGAGCCCGCCCAUCGCUGGGGCUGGGGCGGUGCUCGGUCGCGCGUGUUGGCUGCGUUCCGCGCGCGUCACGAAUGGGAGGCAAGGACGCCUGUUACCGAAUGGCCGCAGCAGCACGAGUUGGGCGCUGCACUGGCGUUAGAGGCGUUGGAGCGCUCCGGCUGCGAUCCUCUAGUGAGGGUAAUAUGUGUUGACGAGGUCACAGCAGCCAGUGAGGUUUGCUGCUAGCGCGGUUUUCACUUCGUGAGCGGUCAGAUUUUCAGGUUUUUAAGACCGACAUGGCGAGGUGGCCUUGAUGGGGUGCCGAUUUUUUAUUAGACAUUCUAGUCAGUACCUAUAGAUGUUGUAUGAGCAACCCGCCUGUAACUAUUUAUUCCAUGCGAUGAAAUAUAUUG